UGCAAAAUGCCACGCGCUUAAGUGCGGGAGUGUCGUCUAAAGUGUCGGGCGUUUUAGUGCGGGAAUUUAUAAAGUAUCGCGUGUGUAAAUCGAAAGACUUUGAUAAUGGACAAUCUUAAUCAACCUGAGAGGAGGAGCAGGCCUAGGAGGUAUCGGGCAUCGGCGGACCAACCUUGGGAUCAACGUAGUUCCUAUGCAGUAAUUCAAUUCCGCUGUUGCACAACGAUUGAUGCCCUCGUGUUGUCGAGACCACGUCUGAGCAAACAAGUUGUAUAUCAGAUCGAAACAUGAAGGCAGCACCGCCUCUGCUGUCGUUCCUCCUGAUCCUCCUUUAUCAUUCAGGAUGGACCCACGGACUUUGCAAGCUGGAGAACAGCACCAUAGCGUGGUGCGACAAGUUGGAAGAUCUCGGGCAGAUCAAGACGCAUCAUCUGGAGAUGCUGACGGUUCGGCCCGAACGGAACAUCCUGGUCCCAGGUCUCUUCAACAAUUUGACAAGCCUUAGGCAUCUCGACAUGUCUGGUGGUAAAUUCAAAACGAUCAAAGCAGGAAGUUUUCGAGCCCUUAGUAAUCUGAGAAGUCUCGAUCUCAGCGACAAUUAUAUCGAGUAUCUGGAACUAGCUUCUCUGGAGGGUCUGACUAAUCUGCGAAAGCUGAAUUUGCGAAAAAACGCCAUUCGACAACUACCAACCGCGCUGAUGCGCCUGAAGCAUCUCAGACACUUAGACAUCCACGAUAAUCCGCUGGAUUGUAACUGCGCCACUCUUAAGGUACGAGAUCUCAUCAUGCAGAAGAAGGUGUCCGUGUCGAAGAAAGCCGUGUGCGCGCAUCCUGGUAAUUUGAAAGGCACGUCACUGAUGAAGCCGAGCGCGGCGAUCAUCUGCAGCUUCGAAGAGCAGGAUCGCGAGAUGCAACACGAUCAGGCGGUAGAAGGAUCCGGGACGUAUUCGGGAUCCGGAGACGACGUUCUGAACGAGUUCAAUAGCGAGGAGGAAGAGGAAGAGGAAGAAUAUAACGCAACUACCACCGACAGCUCGGAGAAGCCUGAAGUAGAGACGCCUUUCCCAAUCGGAAAGAUAGAUUUGACAGGAUCUUCGACGGGAUCUUCCGUGAGUGAAUCCACCGUCUCUUCGCAGGAGUUAACCGCGUCUGCGGAGGAGACUACUUUCACUACAGUAAAUUCCUUGCAAAGUACCGAAGACGGGGAGAUCUUCUUCGACAACGAUAUGAAGAAAGAGCAACCGUCCACGACCGAGAUGUCGCGGAAGAAGGAGGACUUUAAGGACGGCUUGUUUUAUCCGUCAGCAGGUUCUGGCGAUGGCGAUGAAGAUGGUUCCGGCGAAGGAUCCGGAAUCGUUUCGACACAUUAUGAUGAAGAAAAGGUCGAGGAGGAGACUACUAAGGGGGAAUCACCAUCGUCGUUCUCUCUAUGGGAACUACUUUUUGGCAGUGGUUCUACGACAACUCCCAUUCCAUCAGAGACCAAGGAUCCGGAUCUCGAACAAGAGCAAUUUAUAGACGCGUCGUCUACUAAAUUAACCAUCGAAGAGUCGAGUCAAAGUUCUCCAGUCGAUAGAACUUCCACCGAGACGGUCGCGAUCGCCAGCGGCGUCGAGGAGCUCUCGAAAUCCGCCGAUAAAUCCAAAUCAGGUAAUGUCAAGGCCGAGGUGAACAGCCUGAACGACGAACAAGCCGAGGUAUCUCCGGCCAAACAGUCCAAAAAGGGCAUGGGCUCGUACAUUGUUCUGGCAAUCCUGCUUGCCGUCGUGGCGGUGUUGAUCGGUUUUGCCGCAUACAGGGGCGAUAUAUGCGGAAAGAAGAGAAAACGCGGAGGCGACGUGGAGAACGGCACCGAGCUGAGGGACAUGCAGAAGUCUCUUCUUCAGGAGACCGGAAAUUCGACUCAACCCAAGAUCGCCUCUAAUGGAAAUCCCGAAAGUGUUCCUCUCGUGGAAGGCACCUCCGAUGACAACGCGAAGACCGAGAAGAUUCAAAGCGAUCAUCAUCCGAUUCAAGAACCGCCAAGAUCUCUUAAUGGCACUGCCGAUCAUCUGGAUCCCGUGAAGCCGCCCCGAAAGCAGGUCUCGCAGGACGAUCAGAAGAGCGAGGACAGGCCUCGCGUGGACAUAAACUCUUUGAGGGAGAACUUCCUGGCGGGUAGAACGAGUCCCGCACAGCCAUCCGACUCAUCGUUAACGACGAACGGACCAAGAACGGAGCCCAACGGGCCGCCGCUCAGCCCCGGAGCUCAAAGAGUGAAGAUCACCCUGCAAGAAAAUCCCGACAGUGUGCCAAAGACGCCCAUACUCAUUACGCGAACAAUGGCCGGUGAGAAUCUAGUCAAGACGCCAUGAAGCAGUGUUCUGGGGAGAAUCCACGUGACAUAACGAACGUUAUGUCCAUCGAUCGUGUGUGUCUAUCGAAGACGGAGAAAAUCUCGGAAGGACGAAUGUGUGGGGAAGAGAGCUUUUCGACGAAUCUGUCGUGAUUUUUAAUAACAUCAUUGUUCCUAACAUGUAGAGGAGUCUCUUCGCGAUGGAUUUUCGUGAUGAAUAAGAUUACCAAGUCAAAGAUCACGUACGCAUAUAUACACGCGCCGACAGUAAAAGACACUAUUGUUAAUAUGACAGGAAGAUGUGCGACAGGCUUGAGAUACAAAUGUGAUCUCUCUCUCUCGUUUCGUUGAAUUACCGGAUGCGCGAAAUGGCUAUAUAUGUAUAUAUUUGCUAUGCCAUAUAGAAUAUUCAGAUAUUGCAUUUCGUUAUUUUUCAUUUAUGAUAUCAUUUUGUCCGAAUAUUUUUUAAAAUUAAUCCUCAAAUGCAAUCUUAGCAAUCACAAACUCGAAUAAAGAAUUUGCUCUUGAAAGUCUAUCUGAAAAAUUAAAAUAAAAUAAUAAUUUUUUUCAUCAAAUUGUACAUUCCUCUGAAGAUUAGCCGACGAAAUUGUGCAAUUUUCAAUGUCACUUCUCUCAAUUUUAUCGAGAAAGAAAAGUGCGAUAUUAUUUUGCAUUUACGUUAUACAUAAAAUACGUAAAAAUCUGAAAUAACAGAUCGAGAUUAGAUCACAGUGCACUAGUUCUGCGAGCAAGACUAUAUUUUUCUCGAGUAUAUAUGUACAUAUCCCGCGAUAUUUGUUGUGUCGAGAUUGCAUUACGAAGAUUCUUAAAUUAAUAUCGAAGAUCGAAGAGAGUGUUCGCUGCAUGUCAGCGAAUCAUGGAGCAUUCCAGUUCGCUGCCAUAUUAUUCUACACUGAAAAAAAAAGAUUUGUUAAUUUGACUAAAUCUUUCAAUUA